CUGAGCAGGCAAUAGUGGGUUCUUGUAUGUCGAUCAGAGUGUCAGAUUUCCUGGCGCGGCGCUCCAUAAUAAAUAUAGCCUGCUCCAACAAACGGUUCUGUUUGCGGUCAUACUCUAAUUGUUGAAGGAACUAUGAAGAAUAUCGUGGCUAUUUUGUGUGUUCUGCUUCACGUCUCUUCCAACUCAGCUUUGUCAGAGAAACCGAAUGUUCUGUUCAUCGUGAUAGAUGAUUUACGAGCAUCCCUUGGAUGCUAUGGGGGUCCCAUCAUAUCACCAAACAUCGAUCAACUUGCAUCCAAAUCUGCUCUCUUCACCAACGCCAUGGUGCAGCAAUCGGUGUGUGCCCCCAGUCGAACAUCGUUCCUGACGGGGCGUCGUCCCGACACCACUCGCCUCUAUGACUUCGGGUCUUACUGGAGGAGACAUGCAGGCAAUUAUACAACCCUGCCACAGCACUUCAAAGAGAACGGAUACUUCACAGCGUCAGUAGGAAAGGUUUUUCAUCCAGGUGUAACAAGUGGUGGUCACGAUGACUAUCCAUACAGCUGGUCUGUUCCUCCUUACCAUCCACCGACAGAACAAUACACCGGGGCCAAGGUGUGUCCCACUUUGGAUGGCACGCUUCACAAUAACGUCAUGUGUCCAGUCAACGUAAGUGUCAUGCCACAAAAAUCACUCCCGGAUAUCCAGUCUCUAGAAUUCUCCUCAUCUAUCCUGAAGAACCUAUCCGUAGCCCUCCAUCCAACAAACAAGCAAGGCAAACCGAUUGAAACCGGUCAGUCAUCUCAGGACAUGCAACCGCCCUUUUUCUUGGCCGUUGGAUUUCACAAACCGCACAUUCCGUGGAAGUACCCAGAGGAAUUCAAAUCGUUGUACCCGAUCGAGUCGGUUUCUAUUGCAACCAAUCCAUACCGGUCUCCAACCCAGCCGGAUGUCGCCUAUGAGGAUUAUUACACUAUGAGAACUUAUAGAGAAGAUGUGAAGGCUAUGAAUAUGAGCUUCCCCUUUGGAACAAUACCACUUAAAUUCCAUGCUCCGAUGAGACAGAGCUACUAUGCUGCUGCAUCCUAUACAGAUUCCUUGGUGGGAAAACUACUUCAAACCCUUGAUGAAACUGGCUUCUCAAACAAUACCAUCGUCGUUCUCUUUGGGGAUCAUGGAUGGCAAUUAGGUGAGCAUGCAGAAUGGUGCAAGUACUCUAACUAUGAACUGGCAACAAGAGUUCCUUUGAUCGUUCACAUUCCUGGUGUCACAGACAAGCCGAGGUCAUCGCCAAUCAAAAAUCAACUUCAAAAUUCUCUAAAGAUGAUUCAAUCUCAAGACAAUGUGAAACUGUCUGCUGCCAGUGGAAUGGUUGUUGCUGAGUUUGUAGAACUUGUUGAUCUGUUCCCCACCCUCUCUGAUCUCGCUGGCAUCACUGUUCCACCUGUAUGUCCUCCAGAGCCUUUCAAUGUCACCUUAUGUUCCGAGGGGUACAGUUUCGCCCCUCUUCUGGAGCCAGUCCAAGGCUCCAACGCCAUUCUGCAGAAAGAUGGCAUGGAGAAGUUGACUUCAAAGCGGUACAGCAGAUGGAAGAAUGCCACAUUCAGUCAGUAUCCUCGUCCAGGGGUAAUCCCAAACAAAAAGACUGAUCUCCCUAGUCUGGGUGACAUUACUGUCAUGGGGUACUCUAUGAGGACCAAGGAUCACCAUUACACCGAAUGGAUAGGAUUCAAUCCAAAAACCUUCCAAGGUAACUGGACUGAUGUAAAGGCUACAGAACUUUACUUCAAUGGCUUGGACUAUGAUCAAAACCAAAAUGUUGCUGCUGAUCCACAGUUUAAGGACAUCGUUAAGCAACUCAGCUAUCAGUUACAGAAGGGCUGGCGCGAAAGCUUACCCGUCCCUGCAUAAAUCCCGAUGGAAUGCAUAUAUCGCCCUUUAUCUUAAAGUCAGGAAGUUAUCAGAACUCCAACAACAUUUAAAAGUCAAAACCAGAAAAUGAUAACAAAAUAAAUUACCCAUCGUAAGAAAUUUCUACUAAACAAAAUGCAAAGAUUUAACCGAAACAAAUAAGACAUUGUACAGUUUCUCAAGCAAUGUAUUUUUAGUUGUCAUUUGAUUUUAAAUAAUUUUUUGAUGGUACAAUAUGUAAUUUGAAAUGAUAUUGAGAAAUUGUUGUAAAUGUGCAAAAUUCAACCUUAUGAUUACAGGGACUGCUGUGACCAGCUGUCAACAAUUAUCUGUUGAUACCUGCACUACUCACAGUUGAACAAUAUAUACAAACAAAUAAUAAAACCUGUAAUGGAAUGAAUUGAAUUGAGUUAUCAUA